ACAUUCCAUUUCAUCACCACUGCCGCCACCAGCAGAGUCACAUGCUCCGCCAACGGCGGCGCCACCGCUACGGUGCCCACAUUUGUGCCUUAUUAGCUGCCGUCCUUCUCCUCCUCUCCGUCACUCUCCUCUACAGUCGGAUCAACUUCUUCCAGUCCCACUCCACAGGUCCACACCAGCACUCCUAUUCCCAGUACGACGGCGUCUCGCUAACCGACAACCCCCUCGUCGAAGAUUCCACCGACUCUCUUGAUCAUGCCUCGAAUUCUGACGACCUCAUCGACGAGCAGGAUGACGCCGUUUUGAACACCAAAUAUAGCAACAGUAAUGGUGAUGAUUUCCUCUUAGGUGGAGAAUCGGAAGAAGAUGUGGAGGACGAGGACGACGACGUCGUUUCAGGUCAAAAUGAUAAGUCUAAGUCUUCUUCUUCUUCUUCUUCUUCAUCUUCGCUUUACUAUUUUGAUCAUCAGAACGGCGUCGUUAGGAGAGGGUUUAAUAAGAAAUCAAUUGAGGAAUGGGAAGAUUAUGUUGGUUUUGAAUCUAAGCUGGGGUUAGAAUUAGGGUUUAGUAAUCGGGGAUCUAAGACUGCAUUUGGAUCGGAUGAUAUUCCUGUUGAUGAAAAAACGAGGAAAAAGUUAACUGAGGUUAAGGGAAUUGAGGACGCAUUAUUGUUGAAGGGCUCAAAGUUGAGGGAAGGGUGGGGUGAAUGGUUUGAUAAAAAGAGUGAUUUCUUGAGGAGGGAUCGGAUGUUUAAGUCAAAUUUGGAGGCCGUAAAUCCGAUGAAUAAUCCGAUUUUGCAGGACCCGGAUAUGCCAGGGGUAACAGUGUUAACUAGAGGGGAUAAGCUUGUACAGAAGGGUAUGUUGAAUGAGUUCAAAAAAGUGCCAUUUUUGGUUAAGAAGCCAUUGGCAUUUGAGAACAAGCAGAGCGUUGAGAAAGACGAGAAUGUUGAGGUACAGAAAGAUGAAAUGAAGAAAAUCAAGAUGAACAAGCGAAAAACUUUGGAUAAUGCUAAUAGUCAGAGUAGUUAUACACGGAAGAACGAGAUUAAGAAUAAUGGUAGCGGUAAUCAUGGUUACAUUGUGAAACAAGUUGAUAAUAGGAAGGAUUUGAAUGGGAACGGUGAGAAGAGGGAGGGAAAGAAUGUGAAAAAUGAGUUUUCAGGGCUGGUGUUUGCGGAUGGAAGAAGAUGGGGGUACUAUCCGGGGUUGGAUUCUAGAUUGUCGUUUAAUAAUUUUAUGGAUGCCUUUUUUAGGAAAGGGAAGUGUAAUUUGAGAGUUUUUAUGGUAUGGAAUUCUCCCCCUUGGAUGUUUAGUGUACGUUACCAGAGGGGGCUUGAGAGCGUUUUGUAUCAUCAUCCAGAUGCAUGCGUGGUAGUGUUUUCUGAGACGCUUGAGUUGAAUUUCUUCAGUAGCUUUGUGGAGGAUGGUUUCAAGGUGGCUGUCGUCAUGCCAAAUCUUGAUGAGCUACUUCAAGAUACACCAACACAUAUAUUUGCCUCUGUCUGGUAUGAAUGGAAGACGACAAAAUAUUAUCCUAUACAUUACAGUGAACUCAUCAGGCUUGCUGCUCUGUACAAGUAUGGUGGUAUUUAUCUUGACUCUGAUGUUAUAGUGCUGAAAAAGUUAUCAUUACUUAAUUGUACUGUUGGCCUGGAAGACGAGCAAAAGGAGAACACUUUGAGUGGUGCAGUAAUGGCCUUCAGAAAGCACAGUCCAUUUAUAAUGGAGUGCUUGACAGAGUUCUAUGCAUCAUAUGAUGAUACCCAGUUGAGAUGGAAUGGAGCUGAUCUUUUAACUAGAGUUGCUCUCAACUUUUCUAGUAACAAGAAUCACUUUGAUAAAAGGAUGGAGCUCAGAGUGCUACCUUCUUUUGUUUUCUUUCCUAUCAGUCGAAGUAAUAUUUCAAGGUACUUUUCAGCUCCAGCAACAGAUACGGAAAGAACUGAACAAGAUUUUCUGUUGAACAAGAUUUUAAACAAGUCAGUUACAGUACAUUAUUGGAAUAGUUUGACUUCUUCUCUGAUUCCAGAGCCUGAGAGCCUUGUUUCCAGGCUAAUUAAUCAGCCUUGUAUCCGUUGCUCUGAUGUAUUAUAGUUUUAUAUACAUGAUCACAUGUUUCCAAGAACUGCCCUCCCAACUGAAACUGAUAUGAAGAAGCUUAGUUCUGCACUUGCUGACCCUCUCUUUACAUGGAAAAUGGAGGAACCGAGAAGAGUUUGAUCAAUGAGAUUAUGCAUUUGGUUGUGCAUUGGGGUUGCUUGCUGCUAUGGGUAUGGACUGGGUCACAAGCUUAUACUGCAGAUUGAUUUUGAAGAUUGAAGAACGCGCAUCUCUACUAGGAAUCAGAAAUUUCUCACUGUUGAGGUUCGGAGGGCAUGCAGUUUUUUAUUGCAGUUUCUUGGUUAAGAUAUACAGAAGCCAUGCUUGCAGAUCCGAGCGCCUAAUGUCUUGUGGUAUGAGGAAUCUCUCAUUUAUUCUUUUAAAUUAGAAACUAUUAGUUGGCUCUGCAUGUUAGUCAUUUUUCUUUUUCAUUAUAUUCAAAUGGUCCUCUGACCUCCAGAUGGCAAGAAAGUUGAUUUCUUGA